CCAUCUUCACUUUCCCUUCACUGCCACCUCAAUUUUCGAUUUUCCAACUUCCCUUCUUCUUCUUCUUCUUCUUCUUCCAAUUCCAUUUCCACCACCACCCUCACCUUCACCUUCAUCUUCACUGUGAAUGGGUUCUUCAGAGGCAGAUCCAGAUCCAGUGACACGCUACUCCCAAACCGAACGCAUCGUUCUCCUCAUCGACUUGGACCCACUACUCAGCCUACCUGACCCCACACCUUACACCUCCGCCAUCCUCUCCUCCGCCGCCACACUCCUCUCCUUCCCCUCUCUCUCCACAGCACUCUUCUCCUUCAGGCUCUUCUUGUCAUCCCUCUCCCCUCUCCUCUCAUCCUCCACUCUCUCCAUCCCUCUCUCCCUCUCCUUCGACCUCCCUUCCCCCACCCUCCGCCACCUCUCCAACGCCCUCUCCUCCCUCCCCUCUCUCCUCCGCCGCCACCACAUUUCAUCCCCCAAAGCCUCGCACAUCGCCUCCACCUUGCGCCAGCUCAUCCACGACUAUGCUUGGGAUCCCGAUUCAAGUCUCGAUUCUCCAGUACCUUCCAGUUUGGUACUCUUGUUCUCUCCCCUAUGCAAUUCCUUUGAACAAUUGUCUUUGUUUCUUGAUAGAGAGGUCGGUGAUGAGUAUUCUUUCUGCGAGAUGUUUUCUGAGUUCUUUGGGAGUGUUAGGGAUGUGUUUAGUUCUAGAGAUAUUCACUGUAGUUGGGUUAGUGUUAGCGCUAGUGCUAGAUUUGAAUCUGAGUGCGGUGAUAGUGGUGAAAUUGGAAGGGUUCGUGGGUUUUUUGAGAGGGGGGUUAAGGGUUUGGGUUGGGGUUUUUGUGGUGCAGAUUCGAUUGUGCUUGGUUCUGCUCUUGUUCCUUUUGGCUUGAUUUACCCCAAAAUUGGGGUUUAUUGGGGUUCUCUUGAUUCUAAUGAUUGUUCGUCUAAGAAAGCUCAAGUGCAGCUGUGUCUUCAGAUGUUAGAUGUGAAUAGGAUUCCUAUUCAGUUCAAUUGUUGUGAUCUUGAGUUAGUGGAUUUGAAAAUUCCACGUAGGUGUGGUGAUGCUAGGUUUAAUCCGGAUUUGGUGAAUUCGCAAGGAGCAGUUUGUCAGAGAAAUGAGAGAUUUCGGAAACAGUUUUCGGAUGGAAUCAUUAAAUUUGAGGUUAAGGCUGUGCAGAAGUCUGAUGCUUUUGUGAAUGUGAGGGAAUGCUUAUCUGAAUCUGUUAUGGUGCGUGAGGUUUUCAGAGAAUCUAAGAAGAAAAAGGACGAAAAUUCAGAUCAGUUUUUUGCAGAUAGGGUUCUUCAGAUGCUUGCUACUGAAUUUGGUUUCCAGUGGAGGAGAAAAUCAGUGCCCAUUUGGGAAAUCCUCUUGAGUUUUCUUUGUAAAGAAGGUUGCUGGGCGUUGGUGUCUCUCACCAAUGGUAAUGGUGGUUCAUGUAUGGGUGUUCUGAGGCCUUUUACUGUUUAUUCUGCUCUCUUAUCUGUACUAGGGGAUCCAGAUAUGGAUAAUGAUAUAGGUGGAGCAAAUACGGUUCAAUAUAUAAGGACAAUGGAACAUAGGGUUUUUAAAUCUGAUCGCAAAUCUAAGAAGGACAAGGUUUUCUUGGAUUCUCAAGCUAAGGAGAGUGAUGCAGCUAAUGAGGGUCAUGGGGAAAAGAAAAAGAUGGAUUUGAAAUCACUUCAAAACCUUACAUGGAGCUCAUUCUGUGAAUCAGUAUGUAAUCAAUUUGAAAUGGAUUUGAAGGAUGUUUAUUCAGUCAUUGAAAGUAGCAAGUCAAAAAAGUUGAAGUUUUUGAAAUGGUGGAUGAAACAGAUAAAGAAGUCUAGCUGUAGUGAUAUAAUAAAUUUGUCAGAAACACCAAAGUCAAAUGAGAUCAUUGCAGAAAAGAAUAAAGAUAAAUUAACUGAGUCACCUCCAAAUAUUGAACAGCCGGUAUCCUCAUCUGCCUCAGCUGGGAUUAACACCGAGGCUUCUAGAAUACAGGAUGACGCUGUGCUUGACUGUAGGUUAGAAACGUCCGCAGAAUUUUUCAGUAAUCUUUCCACCAAGAUCCAACAGGGGAUUGAAUCAGAAGAUAUAGACCUUGGGGCUAUGGCAAAGCGACUUGUGAAUUCAUCUAUCUAUUGGCUGUGUCGGAAGGAUAGCAGAGAAACCAAUUCUGAGGGCCAGAAGGGUGGCAGAGAAACAAAUUCUGAAGGUCAGCAUGAUGAUAGGGAAAUCAGUAAUGAGGGUCAUAAUGCUCCUUCCAGUAGCAUUGUUGCAUCUGAACUGAUAAAAUUUCUAUUGAGAGAACCAAAAGAGUUGGCAGCAAAGUAUAAAAGCAGAAAUUCUUUCUCUCAGGCCUCUGAACCAAGACUUUCUAAACAAGUUACAGAGCAUGCAGCUAGAGAAUAUGAGCUGCAGAUUUUGCUUCGGAUGGAGAUUUUACAAUCAGAGGUUGGAAGUGGAGUCGAGGAUUCUAGUAAACACAAGUUUGUCAAGAAAAUAUGCCAGCUUUUGGAUGACAUGCACUGCCACAUGGAAGGGGGUUUCUUUGGUGAUUGGAACCUUGAAAAUUAUGUGGCAAAGAUCAUCAAAAGCAGGUAUUCUCACACUCUUGAAGACGUGGUCCACAAAAUCUACAACAAAAUGGACCUGCUGCUGUUUGCAGAUGUGGAGGAAGCCCCUAAUAAUUUUCUUAACAGUGAGGACAGCGAUAAACCCUUGAACCAAAUAGUAUACAGAGAUGAAAUGGGUGAAAAUGAUAUCAGUAAUGGACCCAUUUCAUCAGAAAACGAGCCCUUUCAGUUGCAGAAUAAUGACACUGGAAAACUCCAAAGGGCUAUUCAAGAAGAUCAUGGCCGAAAACUAAUUGAAGCUAAGGAAAGGAGAGAUAGGGCACGUAGGUUCUCAUCUUUCACAAGUUGGAUACCUGAUUUGCAGAGAGUUUGGGCGCCAAAACACAAGGCUAUGAAACCAAAGACAGACCCCUUUAGAAAGGUGCCAAAUGAGAAGCGGAAAAGGGCAAGCUAUGACAGAGUAUGUGAGACACCAUUGACAGGAAACAAGCGUUCAAUUCAACGGGAAGGGGAUUCAGGUUAUGACAAUUACAUAGCUGAUGGGGAUCAAGCAUCUGGCUCAGUUUCCAGGAAAUUGUUUCAGGGUGACUGAUCUUUGAUGUAAGUAACCUUACCUGGCUUCUACAGAUAAUUUGUAUAUGCAAGCUGCUAAACUUACAAAACAGAAUAACCCAAGAUGUGUACUUUAGUUUUUCAGCCACAAAUGGUGGAUGCUAGUGUCUUGGACUCUGGAGCUGUAUAUUUGCUUUUCCGGUAUCACAAUAUUAGUGUACUAGCAUGAUUAGUUGAUUCACUUUCAUAAGUCAUUAGGAUUUGUAACUGGAAAAAUUUAAUUUGUUCAAAUUUGAUGUAUUUGACAUAUGUAUAUUAAUGAAUAAUCAUUGCAAAAAGUAAUGUGAUUGCUUUUUAGUGCAUUGCUUCUGGCUUUCUGCUACAUGCAUGACAACUUGUUUCUGGUAUUAACUUGUUGGAAAAUGGAUAGAAAAGAAUGGGACGCUAUUUUACGUUUCGAAAAUGUUUGUGUAACUAUU